AUGGCCAAGAGAAGAACAAAGAAAAGAACACAUAGAAAGGUUUCCGAAGAGGAAUUAGCCAAGAUUCCCCGUUCUAUGGUGUUGAGGAUUGGCUCGUCUUUGCGAAACCACUCCUUGACCCAAUUAGUGAAGGAUUUCAGAAAUGUAAUGCAACCCCAUACCGCCAUCAAUCUUCGGGAACGGAAGUCUAAUAAGCUCAAAGAUUUCGUGGUUAUGGCAGGUCCACUUGGAGUUAGUGAUUUGUUCAUUUUCAACCAGUCUGAAGAAUCGGGAAACAUUUCAUUGAGACUCGGAAAGAUGCCUCGAGGUCCAACAUUGCAAUUCAAAAUAAACUCGUACUCAUUGAUGAAGGACGUUUCUAGGAUCCUCAAGAGACCUAAAUCGGCAGGAAAAGACUCCAAGAUAUUCCACAACCCUCCACUUUUGGUGAUGAAUGGGUUUCAAAGCAAAGUGAAAGAGGCUUCUCAGCAUGAACAAUUGCUCAUCACCAUGUUCCAGAACCUCUUUCCUCCCAUUCAGCCCCAACUGACCAACGUUGCAUCUAUUCAGCGGGUUCUUAUGAUCAACAAAGACCCAGAAACCCAGGAGAUUUCUCUUCGUCAUUAUGCCAUCAACACCAAGCUCGUAGACGGAAACAGAAACGUCAAGAAAUUGAUCAAUUCUCACCACAACUUGAAAAAGAGCUUGCCCAACCUUUCCAAGGCCACCGACGUUGCUGACAUGUUACUUGACCCCUAUUCGGUUGGCGGAGUGACGUCUGACUCCGAGGUGGAAGACGACGCAAUUGUUGAGAUCAAGAACAAUGAAGCUAUUACCAAGAAAAAAGAGUCAGAAAAGACCGAAACCGCUCCCACAAGAAAGCGGGCCAUCAAGUUGACCGAGCUUGGUCCUCGGAUCAAUAUGACGCUUAUGAAGAUUGAAGAAGGCUUGAUAGGUUCGUCCAAGACGAUAUACCAUUCUCAAGUUUCGAAGGACGAAAAAGAUAUCCAGAAGCUCAACGAGAAGCACGCAUUGAAGCAGAAGUUGAAGGCGGAGCGCCGGGCUAAGCAGCAGGCCAACGUUGCUUCGAAACUCAAGGUCAAAGAGGAAAAGAAAAAGAGAAAGUUGGCGAGGAAAAAUGGCGAAGAUAUGAAUGCUGAUGGCUCAGGUUCAGACUCGGAUUCAGACGAUGAAAAACCAGAAAUCAGAGCUGAGGACUACGAAAACGAUCUGGAUCUUUAUAGCGAUGUAGAAAUGAGUGAUUAG